CACCUUGUGAGUCAGGAUUAAACAUUUUAUCUUUUCUGUUAACGGCUAUCACGAAUUCUUCGAUUUUGAACAUAUCUCGGAGCAACGAACUUCUUUACCGGUGUCUGAAAUCUCUAAAGUGUGGUUGUGUUCGUUUGUUAAUUCCAUUGACAGACGCAUGAAAAUUUUGUUGCUACGCGGUCGAUUCGAUAGAAUAGCAAGAUCGAAUACGUGGUAAAAAUAAAUGUGUUUGAAAAAAAGCACAAAAGAAAAAUAUUCGUAAUAAUUGUUCGAUUUUUUGGUGAAAUAUCUAUUGCAGUACAUGUGUAUCGUCCAAUCAUUAUUGAAGAAACCGUUAGAAAUUUCCGUUGUAUGCGCAUUUGAACGAUCUAGUAUACAUUUGUCAUUUGCGUGCGGGAACCACUCCCGAUUGGUGUUACGGUGUUUCUGCGAUACUCGUUAUUUAAAAGAAGAAUACAGAUAUGGCUGUUAAUGUUUAUGCAACAAAUGUGACAACUGAAAACUUAAGUCGACAUGAUAUGUUGGCAUGGGUAAAUGACUGCCUUCAAUCAUCAUUCACCAAGAUUGAAGAAUUAUGUACUGGAGCUGUUUAUUGUCAAUUCAUGGACAUGCUUUUUCCUGGAAGUGUGCCAUUGAAGAGGGUCAAAUUCAAGACUAACCUUGAGCAUGAAUAUAUACAGAAUUUUAAAAUUUUACAAGGUGGUUUCAAAAAGAUGAAUGUAGAUAAGAUUGUUCCAAUUGAUAAACUGGUGAAAGGCAGGUUCCAAGACAACUUUGAGUUUUUACAAUGGUUCAAGAAAUUUUUUGAUGCAAACUACUCAAGAACAGAACCAUACGAUGCACUUGCUAUGCGAGGAGGAGAGCCCAUGGGUUCUGGUGGAAGUAAUGCACCACAUGGCACUAAUACAAAACGCACUACUCCACGUGAUGUAAAUUCGGCUAAACCGUCUGCUCGUAUUGGUAAGACACAUACAACGGAUCUUCCCGUACCUACAUUAAACGACACUCUUACCAAAGCUCCAGCUCAUCGUCCACAAGCGAAAACAGGAGUUGGCAACCGCGGCGAAGCUGGAAAAGUUGAAGAACUCAGUGCACAGGUGAUGGAAUUAAAAAUGUCUUUGGAAGGAUUGGAGAAAGAAAGAGAUUUCUACUUCGGAAAAUUGCGUGAUAUCGAAGUUAUGUGCCAAGAUUGUGAUAAUGGAGAUCCUCCACCAAUAGUCCAGAAAAUAUUAGAAGUCCUUUAUGCGACAGAGGAAGGAUUUGCACCACCAGAAGAAUUGGAAGGAGAUGGUCUCGCGCCCGAUGACGAGGAAGAAUAUUAACUUUACAUUUUGUACAAUCAUUAUAAAAAGUACGACAGCAAAUUGUCCAAGUGCGUUUCAGUUUAUUAUCUAUUUGUGAGCCAGUAUCAGUACCCUUCGCAUAAUUGAUAAGCUACUUUGUAAAGCUAUUUAAGCAUUUUCGCCUUCAUUUCGUUACAAACGUUCACCGAGAGUUCAUUAAAAGAUUCGCACGUAUAAUUAGGAUAGAAAGUACGUUAAAUAAUGCACUUGAAUAACUUGUACUCUACGAAAAGUAAUUAUUAAGAAUGAAAACAGAAUUAGCAGUUCAUAUAUUGUCAUAGUUCUUUAUCGUAAUUAAAAUAACGGUAGAGCUUUGAACAUCGACAAAUCUCAAAAUACGAAGGAAAAAAUGAACAAAUAUUUUUGGAUGCAGAUUACCUGACAAGUUGUCUGAAUCCAGUUUGUUAUACAGUAAUUUUAUGUUAACUAUGUUCAAUAAUGUGUGAGUGUUUUUUUGUUUGUAAAUGCACUAUUGUUUUUAUCGAUAAAUAGAUGAAAUCUCGUCCUUUCG